GGAAGUGACGUGAGUUCCUGAGAACGGCUGUAAGAUGGCGCUGGAUGGGGUUGAUCAAAUGGAGAUGGAAGAUGGCAAAGGAGGAAAUGGACUCAGACAGUAUUACCUGUCCAAAAUAGAGGAGCUGCAGCUGACAGUGAAUGAAAAGAGUCAGAAUCUUAGGCGUCUGCAGGCACAGAGAAAUGAGCUGAAUGCAAAAGUGCGUCUUCUGCGCGAGGAGCUGCAGCUACUACAGGAACAGGGCUCCUAUGUGGGUGAGGUGGUGAGAGCUAUGGACAAGAAGAAGGUCCUAGUUAAGGUUCACCCAGAGGGAAAGUUUGUAGUGGAUGUGGAUAAGAACAUUGACAUCAAUGAUGUGACUCCGAAUUGCCGCGUUGCCCUGCGCAAUGACAGCUACACCCUCCAUAAGAUCCUUCCCAACAAGGUGGACCCCUUGGUGUCACUGAUGAUGGUGGAAAAGGUGCCUGACUCCACCUACGAGAUGAUUGGUGGUCUAGACAAGCAGAUCAAGGAGAUCAAGGAGGUGAUCGAGCUGCCAGUGAAACAUCCAGAGCUGUUUGAAGCACUUGGCAUCGCACAGCCCAAGGGUGUUCUGUUAUAUGGGCCCCCAGGGACAGGAAAGACCUUGUUGGCUCGAGCAGUAGCCCACCACACCGACUGCACCUUCAUCAGGGUGUCUGGCUCUGAGCUCGUGCAGAAGUUCAUUGGGGAAGGAGCCCGCAUGGUGCGUGAGCUGUUUGUCAUGGCCCGAGAACAUGCACCCUCCAUCAUCUUCAUGGACGAAAUCGAUUCCAUCGGCUCCUCGCGCCUGGAGGGGGGUUCUGGGGGCGACAGCGAGGUGCAGCGCACCAUGUUGGAGCUGCUCAACCAGCUUGAUGGUUUUGAGGCCACCAAGAACAUCAAGGUCAUCAUGGCCACCAACCGUAUCGACAUCCUUGACUCCGCCCUCCUCAGGCCUGGUCGCAUUGAUAGAAAAAUUGAGUUCCCUCCCCCCAAUGAAGAGGCCCGUUUAGAUAUCCUGAAGAUCCAUUCCCGCAAGAUGAAUCUGACCCGUGGGAUCAAUUUGCGUAAGAUUGCUGAGCUGAUGCCGGGAGCCUCGGGAGCAGAAGUCAAGGGUGUGUGCACAGAGGCUGGCAUGUAUGCUUUGCGCGAGAGGAGGGUGCACGUCACUCAGGAGGACUUUGAGAUGGCCGUUGCAAAGGUGAUGCAGAAGGACAGUGAGAAGAACAUGUCCAUCAAAAAGCUCUGGAAGUAAAGCUCAAACCACGAGACGUACAUGUAUAUUACUUUUUUCUUUAAAGUUUGUAAUUCUCCAUUAAUGAAAUAAAUGAUGUGUAUGCCUAACCUUUAGUCUCUGG